ACGCGGAACCCGUCUUCUCAGACGUGGAACCUGUCUCCUCAGACGCGGAACCUGUGUCCUCAGACGCGGAACCCGUCUCCUCAGACGCGGAACCUGUCUCCUCAGACGCGGAACCUGUCUCCUCAGACGCAGAACCCGUCUUCUCAGACGUGGAACCUGUCUCCUCAGACGCGGAACCUGUCUCCUCAGACGCGGAACCCGUCUUCUCAGACGUGGAACCUGUCUCCUCAGACGCGGAACCUGUCUGCUCAGACGCGGAACCUGUCUCCUCAGACGCGGAACCCGUCUCCUCAGACGUGGAACCUGUCUCCUCAGACGCGGAACCUGUCUCCUCAGACGCGGAACCCGUCUCCUCAGACGCGGAACCUGUCUCCUCAGACGCGGAACCUGUCUCCUCAGACGCGGAACCUGUCUCCUCAGACGCGGAACCUGUCUCCUCAUUCGCGGAACCUGUCUCCUCAGACGCGGAACCUGUCUCCUCAUUCGCGGAACCUGUCUCCUCAUUCGCGGAACCUGUCUCCUCAGACGAUCAGAACCCGGGAAACACCAUUGUAA